CAGCCAGGCGCUUCCCGCAGCGCGGGGCCGGGCCUGCGUGCGCCUGCUCUGGUGGCCGGGGCGAGCGAGGAGACGUGGCGGCGUUGGGUUCGCUUGUGUGUGGCAGCCGCCCCCAGCCGUCCCGCCCCAGGAGCCCCUGACAGGCCGGGGUAGGGAGACGUGUGCGAGCGCCAGCGGCCCGGCCUCGCCCGUCCGGCUCUCCCCGCCCCGGGCUGGGAGGUGAUGUCGUUAUGCGGAGACUCCGGCCACUCCGCUGCCCCUCGGCCCCGGCCCCAGCCCCGUGCUGCCCAGAUGUCCCGGAGACCCGAGCUGGUGUGCGGAGCUGCUAUCGUGCUGGGCUGCGCCCUCCUGGUCACCCUCAAAGUCACCUCCAGCCGAGCAAAAGAUGUAACAAUGGCAGCGAAAGUUCCAGUUAAUUUCUUCUCCUCAAAAUCUCCAGUCCUUGAUCUUUUUCGGGGGCAACUGGACUAUGCAGAUUACAUUCGCCAAGAUUCUGAAGUUGUACUGUAUUUUUUUUAUGCCCCAUGGUGUGGACAGUCCAUUGCAGCAAGGGAAGAAAUUGAACAAGUGGCAAGCAGAUUGGCAGACCAGGUGCUGUUUGUGGCAGUUAACUGCUGGUGGAACCAGGGGAAAUGCAGGAAACAGAAACAUUUCUUUUAUUUUCCUGUGAUAUAUUUGUACCAUCGGAGUUUUGGACCAAUUGAAUACAAAGGCCCUAUGAGUGCUGUUUAUAUUGAAAAGUUUGUUCGCCGGGUGAUGACACCACUACUCUACAUCUCGUCUCGAUCAAAAUUACUAGAUUUCCUCUCAAAUUAUGAGCCUGGAGUUCUAGGAUAUUUUGAGUUCAAUGCUUCACCUCAGCCUCCUGGUUAUUUGAUAUUCUUCACAUCAGCAUUACAUUCAUUAAAGAAAGAUUACCUUGGAACAAUACACUUUGGAGUGAUCACGGAUAAACAAAUUGCAAAGGAGAUCUCGUUGACGCGCUCGGGAAGUGUGUACCUUCAUAGACAUGUCAACACUUCGCUUAUCUAUCCAAAUGAAGUCAUGAACUACACAGCUGAGAAUAUUUGCAAGUGGGCUCUAGAAAACCGAGAGACAUUUAUACAUUGGUUGAGACCACAUGGAGGAAAAAGCCUUCUACUAAACAAUGAACUGAAGAAGGGACCAGCACUUUUCUUCUUUAUACCCUUCAAUCCCUUAGCAGAAAGUCAUCCUCUUUUAGAUGAAAUUGCCAAAGUGGCCUUGGAAUACAACUACUGUAAUAAAAGCCAGGCAGCUGAACCUGUUCUUCAGCACUUCAGAGAUGCAAAUUCACCAGAUUUUGAAUCCAUUGUUCCACAUGCGCGAACACGAGUUGCAGACACAUACUCCAUAACAAAGUAUCCAUGCUGCAACACGGUGGUGCUCCCUCAGUGGCACUCGAUCUCUAGGACUCACAAUGUCUGUGAGCUUUGUGUCAACCAGACAGUUGGGGUCAAACCAAGUAAAGUCAAUGUACCACAGUGUAACUUUUUAGAGAUAGAAGCAGCUUUGGACUCUUUCUACCUCAAGGAACAUACCUUUUUCCAAUUUGUAUCAAAUACCAUAGAAUGCAACAAUUUCCUAAGUUUCUAUAGUCCUUUUAGCUACUACACUGCAUGUUGCAGGACAGUAAAUAGGGGUCUGAUAAAUUUAAUUAGUUCUGAAAAGACCAUAUUUCAGACCCCUAAAGUAGCAUUUUCUUCCAGUGGGAAGAAAGGUAAGGAUGAUACCCAUCAUUCUAUUCCUCACAUUGAGGAUAGGAAUUAUUUUACUUCUGAUCUUAGUGUUAAUGGUACUCACAUUACUGGCCUGAGAUGCAGGACCAACAAGACCUUGAAUUUCUAUCUACUGGAUUCAAAUUUGUUUUGGAUGUAUGCGGAGAGACUCGGAGCAUCAGGAUCUACUCAUAUGAAGACAUUUGCUGCCAUUGUUGAUCUGAAGGAAGAGGCACACUAUAUCUUGGAUCAGAAUCAAACACUUAUAAAAUCAGCUCUAGAGAACUUCAUUCAAAACUUCAGCAUUCUAUACAGUCCCUUGAAAAGGCAUCUUGUUGGUGACUCUUCAGUUCAUUUUCCUGCACAGCACAUAAUCACCGAAGUGACUACUAAUACCUUUCGUGAUGUGGUGGUUUUGAGUGAAAAGAAUGUCUUGCUGCUCUAUUAUGCGCAAUGGUGUGGAUUCUGUGCUUCUCUUAAUCACAUCUUUAUCCAACUAGCACGACUUCUGCCUCCAAAUAACUUCACUGUGGCGAGAAUUGAUGUCACUCAAAAUGACCUUCCAUGGGAAUUUAUGACGGAUCGUCUCCCAACCAUUUUGUUUUUCCCUUAUAACAGGAAGGACAAAAGUGUGAAGUUUCCUGAAGAUUUUUCAGUUACUCUUCCUAAUCUGCUUAAGUUCAUUUUACAUUACUCAAGUCUACCUUCAGCUGCACCUGACUUAGAGCCCUGUGCCAAAGAAUGUCCACAGAAAGAGAGAGAGUUACAGCAAGAGCACAUCUUCCACUUAAGGAGUGAGAUUCAGAAAUUGAGAUCAGAAGUCAGUGCACUACACCAGGCUCAAGAUCAGCUGGAAGUCCAACUUUCUGAAGCCAGAAGAGAAGAACAUAAACUACAGCAGCAGAAGCAUACACUGGAAAAGCAGCAGAGUGUCCUCCAGCUCCACAGUGAACAAUUACAGGCACAAUAUGAACAGAAGAACAGAGAAUUAGAAGAAAUGGCUGAGAAGCUUCAAGAAUUAGCAGAUGCAUCAGAUAACCUCCUUACAGAGAAUGCUUUACUAAAAGUCCUGCUAGCAGCAAUGGAGGGGAAGCUAGAGAACAGAGAUGAGACCAAGAAAUCCAUUCAGUCAGAGGAGACUCUUUCCACCCACAAUACUGGGCCAGUUCUAACUGCUAUAGACAGAUUACAUGAAAGAGAAAGGCUUGAUGUUUCCAAUACUGAUACCACAGUGACGGAGCAUAAAGAAAACAGGACAGAGUAAUUAUUUAUGCUAUGGGGAGUGGGGAAAAAAAAAAUCAGGAAUGACACUGUAUUGGGAAGGUAUUUAUGCAAAUUUUAUUUGUUGUAAAUAAAAUAUUUUCCAAUUGUCUAGAAAAAUCAAA